CUACAAAAAUGACAACAAUUGUUUCUCAUUAGUCAAUGAACAAUGAAAGGUUCCAAAAAAGAAUCCACGAUGAUUGCCAGGAACAUGUUGUGCACAAACCAGAAUCCCAUGCAUCGUUUAUCAACUAAAAAAAUGAAGCUUCUGAACCUGUCUCUACUUGUUCACUUGUGUUCUCUCGUGCUUUUCUCAGCUCAGUCCACUGAUCAGCCUCCAUUCUCAUGUGAUUCAUCUGACCCACUAACCAAAUCCUACCCUUUCUGCAAAACUACACUUCCCACUAACCAAAGAGUUCAAGACCUCAUCUCCAGGCUCACAUUAGAUGAGAAAAUAUCUCAACUUGUUAACACGGCUGUCGCCAUUCCACGACUCGGCAUCCCUGGCUAUGAGUGGUGGUCUGAGGCCUUACACGGGGUUGCCUUCGUGGCCAACAUAAGCCAAGGUAUCCGUUUCAAUGGAACAAUUCAAUCUGCCACCAGUUUCCCUCAAGUCAUCCUCACUGCUUCUUCUUUUGAUCCUUAUCUAUGGUACCGCAUUGGCCAGGCAAUUGGAAUAGAAGCUAGAGGAGUAUAUAACGCUGGACAAGCAAGAGGCAUGACAUUUUGGACACCAAAUAUUAAUAUAUUCAGGGACCCAAGGUGGGGAAGAGGACAAGAAACACCUGGUGAGGAUCCAUUGGUUACAGGAAAGUAUGCAGUCUCAUUUGUGAGAGGAAUACAAGGUGACUCAUUUGAAGGUGGCAAGCUUGGCGAGAAUCUUCAAGUUUCAGCUUGUUGUAAGCAUUUCACAGCUUAUGAUUUGGAUAACUGGAAAGGAAUUAACCGGUUCGUCUUUGAUGCUAAUGUAACUGUACAGGAUUUAGCAGACACAUAUCAGCCUCCUUUCCGGAGUUGCAUAGAGAAAGGGAAAGCCAGUGGGGUAAUGUGUGCUUACAAUCGUGUUAAUGGAGUUCCAAACUGUGCAGAUUACAAACUGUUGUCAAAAACGGCACGAGGACAGUGGGGUUUCAAUGGGUACAUCACCUCAGACUGUGAUGCUGUCUCAAUCAUUUACGAUGAACAGGGAUAUGUUAAAGAACCGGAGGACGCUGUGGCCGAUGUUCUUAAGGCCGGAAUGGACUUGGACUGUGGUGAAUAUUUGAAGAACCACACCGGAUCAGCUGUAGAAAAGAAAAAGGUGUCAGUGUCUGAUAUAGAUAGAGCACUUCACAACCUUUUCUCAAUCAGAAUGAGGCUGGGGCUUUUCAAUGGAAAUCCAACUAAACUGCCUUUUGGAAACAUCGGUUCUGACCAAGUCUGCUCCCAAGAACACCUGAAUCUUGCUCUCGAGGCUGCUCGAAAUGGCAUUGUCCUUUUGAAAAACACUAACAGACUACUUCCACUUGCCAAAACAGAAACUACUUCCCUUGCUGUAAUAGGCCCUAAUGCCAAUUCUACUGAAACACUUGUUGGAAACUAUGCAGGCCCUCCUUGCAAACCUAUUACCCCAUUGCAAGCAUUGCAAAGCUAUGUCAAGAAUACCGACUAUCACCCGGGUUGUAGCACAGUUAACUGUUCUUCAGCUUUGAUUGAUGAAGCAAUAAAGAUAGUGAAAGGUGCAGACCAGGUGGUACUAGUAAUGGGAUUGGAUCAAACCCAAGAGAGGGAAUCUCAUGAUCGUGCCGACUUGGUUCUUCCUGGACACCAACAAAAACUCAUUACCAGCGUUGCAAGUGCUGCAAAUAAGCCGGUCAUUCUGGUGCUUCUUUGUGGAGGACCAGUGGAUAUAACCUUUGCCAAGAAUGAUCGAAACAUUGGGAGCAUCAUAUGGGCUGGCUAUCCAGGUGAAGCCGGAGGACGAGCUUUAGCAGAAAUUAUAUUUGGUGAUCAUAAUCCAGGGGGGAGAUUACCAAUGACUUGGUAUCCACAAAAUUUGACUAAAAUACCAAUGACAGACAUGAGAAUGCGUCCUGAACCAUCUUCAGGCUAUCCUGGACGCACUUACAGAUUCUACCGAGGGCCAAAGGUUUUCGAAUUCGGCUAUGGUCUCAGCUACUCGAACUAUUCCUAUGAAUUUCUCCCUCUAACAAAAGAUAAGGUCUAUCUAAACAAUCAAUCAGAUGAUAAAAUAGGUCUGCGGUACAAGUUGGUUUCGGAGAUGGGAACUGAACUUUGCGAAAAUAGCAAGUUGCCAAUCACAGUAGGGGUUCGGAACGAUGGUGAGAUGGACGGCAAACAUGUGGUGCUGCUGUUUGUGAGGCAAGCAAAGGCCGGUAAUGGAAGGCCGAUAAAACAAUUGGUAGGAUUCAACAGUGUUGCUCUGAAAGCAGGGGAAAAAGCUGAAAUCAAAUUUGAGUUGAGCCCUUGUGAGCAUCUUAGCAGUGCAAAUGAAGAUGGUCUAAUGCUGGUAGACGAAGGGUCCCAUUUCUUAAGCAUUGGAGACAAAGAAUCGGAGAUUACGGUCGUUUUCUCAGCUGAUAGUAGCGGAGGUGCCACGUUAAAGCAAGAGACGGAUACGGUUCUCCCAAUAAUCUUGGCAUUCUUCUACAUAUAUACAUUCCUAUGCGUAUCGUUUUGAAAUCCAUCUCUUGUAACGAGUUAAUGGACGUUCCCAACUUUUUACA